UAUCUUCUAUUGUUUAUGUGAAAGGAUGGGUUUUCUUUUCUUUCUUUCUUUCUUUCUUUCUUGUUUUUUUAGGAUGCCCAGGGGCAACAGAAGUGAACCACGAAGUUCCAGACUGAAGGAUAAAAUGAAAGGAGAAGGAGAAGAGAUGGUGAAAAACAUAUUUGUUCAGAGUGUGAUUCAAAAUAAUCACCUACUUAGUGUUCUUCUUGAUAAAGGAUCUUCCUGUGUAGUACUUCCACAAAAUGGACCUGACAGUCCUUUGUGUUCAAAUUCACUUGUCAGAUCUCAAGUAAAGGUAAAACCAAGAUUAUCACUUGGUUUAUGCAGUCACCAGGAAGCACUGGAAGCAUCAAGACUUUUACCUUCCAAUGAUAUGCUAGGAUGGAAUGCAGGAACGGGGAAGGUGAAAAAGAAGCUUGGUGAUCAUAUUGAUGAUUCUGGAGAAGUAAGAGACAUCAACAAAAAACCAAAUAGGAGGACAGGCAAUUAUAAUUUGGUUUCAGAUUUGGGACAAAUUGAGAGGCAUGUUGAAGAUACGGUGGAUGAUUACUGGGUUCAUUGUAGCAGAUAUUCGGUACAAGUUUCAGAACAGAGUGUCGAAGUCCUAUCUGGUGAUACAGGUCAGAGAGGCAUCUCUGCACUUGAUCUUCUAGCUUCUGCAUAUGGGGAUACAUCAGACGCUGAGGAGGAAGAAAUUCUGCAUGAGAAGUCUGCUUGUACUGAUGAAAAUGAUAUCAAGGACUCCCCAUCAUCAUGCAAACCAGAUGAACAUCCAAACUUCGGUUCAAGAAAGGAUCUGAAUAAGGAGAUAGAUUUGUCCUUAGUUGGAGCAGAUUGCCAAAAUGGGACUGCUCAAAAUUCUCAUUGUACUGUUGGUUCAGAUGAUUCAAGUAGACUAACAAAUGUUGGUGCUGGAGAGAAAUGCCAGCUGAAAUUGGAGUUCCAUGGCAGUAAUCAGCCAGAAAAUGCAAAAUCUGCUGGAGCAGAUAGUUUAGAUGAUAAUAGGGAAAUCACAACUUCUAAUAGUUCAAUAAAAUUCAUGGAGGAAACAGCAGAUUUUAGUGACAGGGAAGCAGAAGGUGGUUGCCAUGCCAUUGGAACUGCUGACAACCAUCCGAGCAGCAUGAAGAUGGGGAACCCAGAUUCUGGUUCUGAAAAUCUCUCCAUUCAACCUGAUGUCUGCUGUGACUCAUCUGAACCAACAAAAGGUACUGCUGUAACAACUCUAUCAAGGAAUGCUGAUAAUACUAAAAUGACGGAUUCAGCCUUACCGGUCAUGCAAGCAUGCGACAAAGAUUCUUCUAGAAUGCAUGUUUUUUGUCUUGAACAUGCUGUGGAGGUUGAAAAGCUACUUCAGCCAAUAGGUGGUGUGCAUAUUAUGCUUUUGUGUCAUCCAGACUAUCCUAAAAUAGAAGCAGAGGCGAAACUAUUGGCAGAAGAGUUGGGAAUUGAUUAUGCUUGGAAGGAUGUUCAUUUCAAAGAGGCCACUAAGGAAGACCAAGAGAGAAUCCGAGCAGCCUUGGAAGAUGAGGAAGCCAUACCUAUGAACAGUGACUGGGCUGUGAAAUUGGGCAUCAACCUGUAUUACAGUGCUAAUCUCAGCAAGUUCCCCCUCUACAGCAAGCAGAUGCCAUACAAUGCAGUCAUAUACAAGGCAUUUGGCUGCAAUUCCCCAGGCAACUCCCCAGCAAAGCCGAAGGCAUCUGGGAGGAGAACAGGCAGGGAGAAGAAAAUAGUUGUUGCCGGUAGGUGGUGCGGGAAGGUUUGGAUGUCAAAUCAGGUUCAUCCAUAUUUAGCUCAUGGAAAUGAAGCUCAAGAGCAUGAUCAUGUGGAAAAACUAUACUCUCAAAGCACCAGUCGAAAGUCUAAGGCUGAGACAGAUUCUGAGGAUGCGCCUUCCAAAAGCAUCCCAUCAACUAGCAAUGCAGCCGCCGCAAGAAAAUCUGGAAAGAAGAGGAAGAAGCCUCCAAGGAAGACGAGCAACAAGAAAGCCAGACGCACCCAAAUAGAGAACCCAGAGAAUAUGGAGGAUGCGGCCGGGACUCCCUCGUCACCAUGUGGAAGGGUUCUAAGAAGCAGCCGCUCGAAGCAUGCCGAGAUGGCUAGCCGGAAAAAAUUGAAUCUGAAAGAUGAAGCUGAAGGGGGGCCGAGCACACGCCUCCGAAAACGGCCAUCGAAGUCCAUUGAAGAGGUCAAGACUAAAUCGGCAGGCAGGAAGCAGAAUAUGAAGAGGAAAGCAAAGAAAGCACAGGCUACAAAUCCUGUAACCAAGGACGAGGAUGGGGAGUAUACGUGCGACAUCGAGGGGUGCUCGAUGAGCUUUAGCACAAAACAAGAUCUGACAUUGCACAAGCGCGACAUCUGCCCUGUCAAAGGAUGUGGUAAGAAGUUCUUCUCGCACAAGUAUCUGGUGCAGCAUCGGAAGGUGCACAUGGAUGAUCGCCCACUCGAGUGCCCGUGGAAGGGGUGCAGCAUGACGUUCAAGUGGGCGUGGGCAAGAACAGAGCAUAUAAGGGUCCACACUGGUGACCGGCCCUAUGUGUGCCAAGAGCCAGGGUGCGGUCAGACGUUCCGUUUUGUGUCAGAUUUCAGCCGUCAUAAGCGCAAGACAGGCCAUUCCAUAAGAAAGGGCAGGAGAUGAUGACUGGUGGGGACUCAGAUGUUAUUGUAGGCCGCCUUCUGAUCUUGGGGGAAAGAAAAAAAAAGAGGAAAAAAAGUUGGAAGCUUUGCAAGCUGUCUUAUGCAAAUGCCACUGGUAGGGCGAUUAGGAUAGGGUAGGAGCGUCGCUGUAUUCUUCUUUUCAUGUUAAGACACUAAUCUGCUUAUUGCCGGGGCUCCAUUGGGCCCACUUAAUUUACUUUAAUUCUUAGGUAUUUGCUUUGUGAAACAAACUGAAAUUGUCCAAGAUAAAAAAAGGCUGUACUGAAUGCAUAUUUUUGUGGCGUGGCAUGCU